AUGGCAACCGCCGUUGACUCCCCUACUACCUCUCCUCUGUCGUCGCCUGUCUCCUCUAGGAGGAUGGUGGAUAUCAAGAUGAACCAAGGACUGGGUCGUCUGCUGUCGUGCCCAUCAAAUCCACUUGGGCCUCUCAAAGUCGGCCCCUUUGCCUUUCAUCAGGACAGUGAUGUUGUCGAGUCUAGUCAAUGUACCAGUGCCAGUAUCGUCAACCAACAACAGCAACAGCAGCGCAUCCAUGACACACUCGACAACAACAACGAGUCUUCGCAAUUCUCCUUCCAAUCGGCAUCCCAAGGAGGAGAAGUCCUCACUCAAAACAUGGAGUACACUCAAAUGACACAGGACGCCAAUGAGUGUAGUAACAUGUCACUAUCACCAUUCCCUACAGUCGAGAAACCUCCGCUCUCCUGGGGACGGCUCAUGCCUUGCGAUGGAGGCAAGACGGUCGAGCUCGAGCCUCGUGCUCCAGUUGUAGACCCUAAAAAGAAAACUGCCAAUCUCGCUACUAGUCAGAGUCAUACUGGACCCAGCUUUUCCCUGGUGGGACUGGACAAUCUUCGACCAUGCGACAAUUUCAACGCUUACUCACUGGGAAGAAGUGCCAAAUGUGAUGUUUCGAUAAAACGAGCAAAGACACAUCGACAAGACAGCGAAAGAGACCUAAAGGUGAUGGAAUGGACCCAUGGACUCAUCAGCAAUCGACAUGCCACUAUCUACUGCUGCUUGCCAGAUGCUCCCAGGGCCAACAACAAUAAGAACACACUGCCGGCGUCGAGUAUGCAAGUAUGGAUUGAAGACUCGUCUUACAACGGCACUUGGAUCAAUGGAUCAAUACUGCUAAAGCGAGGACAAAAGCGCAUGCUGCACUCUGGAGACGAAAUCUCCUUUGUGGGCAAAGAGUUGCUUCGGAGAAGAGUACGAGACGAAGCACGCUUGCAGGCUGUCUAUCAGCAAUAUGCCUUUGUGUUUGUCAACGUCGCUCAUCAACAUUUCAAACCAACUGCGGCAGCGGCGGCGUCUACUCCCUUUCCCACCAAAAUGAACAUACGGCCCAUGAGCAGUGCCAAGAAACGUGCUGGAUUGGUCAAUCCCCGUGCCAUGAACUACCCACCAGGAAGUCGGAGUCCAAAACCUAAAACACCCGGCAACAACAAUCGGGCACCGUAUUCUGCUGCCAAGCAACCGGUUCACCCCACCCCGAAGAGUGGAAAUGGACAACAAUCGUUGUCGUCAUCGCCAGGGUACAACAAUCCGCAAUCCACAGCAGUAAAAACAGUCUCCUCUUCUCCAAGACGAAUUGAACAAGACUAUGACAUUCGCGAUUUGCUGGGACGUGGGACAUGUGGCGAAGUACGAAGGGCUAUUCAUCGGCAGACGGGAAAGGCACAUGCCGUCAAGAUUGUCUCCCUACCUCCUCCGUCGCUUACGACAGGACAUAAUCUGCAAGAGCAGCAACAGUGGCUGGCGGAAGCGAGAAUCCUUCAGACUUUGGAACAUCCAUAUAUCGUGCGGCUCGUCGACGUAUUCUACACAGAGGCGCACCUCUACUUAAUUUUGGAUCUUUGUGCUGGCGGGGACUUGUUUGAUUCCAUCAUCAAAUCGGCAAAGUACUCUGAGACAAACAGUCGUCGGAUUACGGAUUUCGGAGUUGCCAAGAGCGCGUCAAGCGAGUUGAAGACCUUUUGUGGGACUCCGCUGUAUUUCGCACCAGAAGUGCUAGAACGUCGCCACACGGUCGACGCCAAAGGCCGCUAUGGGAAGGAAGCAGACGUUUGGUCGCUGGGAGUCAUUCUUUACAUUUUGCUGAGUGGAACUCCUCCUUAUAACAUUGAUGGAGCUGCCGGGAUGGAUGUCAUUUUAAGAAAGAGCUCGAGGAUCUCCUUUCCGCCAGAGUAUUGGACCGGCGUUUCAGCGCAGGCAGUAGACUUAGUCAACAGAAUGCUAGACAAAGCUCCGAAAUCACGAAUUACCGUCCGAGAAGCAUGCGAUCAUCCGUGGAUCCUUUCCGAUGAUGGAGACACGCACUGCCAUCCUUUAGAAGAUCCAAGGUUGAUGUCCGUAACCAGAAAGCGACUGUUUCCAUCCGCUAGAUCGCCGGUGGUUCCUACCCCUUUCACGACAGCCUUAUCACCUCAAAAGCAGCCGCCAUCGAAGAAACGAAGAAAGGUGUCGAUGGAGUCAGGCCGUGCUUCUCUCCUGGACAAUGAACUGGAGGUCCCUGUUCCACAGUCCAAAGCGUCGUCUCCUGUGGCCAACAACAACAUUCAACAACGACCACUCUCGCCUGUGGAGAACAUUCUAGAGUCUGCUGGUUCCCCCCAAGGGAGUCCAAGUGGUACUGGCAAGCGACUGACAGCGGCAUUGCAGGGCGAGAACGAUGAGAAUAGUGCCUGUGGCGAGUUCACGGCUGUGGUUGCGGUUUCGAAACAAAUUGGGUCAAAGCAGAACACCUCGAUCAUGAAACCAAAAGCGGUGGCUGCAAACGAACCCAAAAUAUCGACCGCAAUCAUUUCGUCGCUCAAGUCGAGAAUCCUAAACGCGGGGAAGAACGUCUUACCAGGACCACCAGCUCUUGACCCAAGGGACACUGGAGCCUUCGAUAAGUCAAAGGAGCGAAAGAAGGUUGUCUCUCCUCACUCUGCUGGUGGUCCUGAAGCAACAACCAAAACAGCCUUGUGGGGCCAAGGCAAUGUGCCAAAGUCUGCGUUUCGAGGCAUCGAACGACCAGCUCACUGGAACAAGUCAACGGGCACCACGACAACAAAUAAUUCAUCUUCAACUGUAGGUAUAGGCAGCGCCAAAGUUAUUGCGUCAGAUUCUGCGAAGAAAGCUGGUGGUGUUACCGGUAGCAAGAAAAAAGCGACAAAAACAGAAGGCCUUGUCAAGGCCGAAGAGCUUCCAGAAGAUCGAAUCUGCUCUCAGUUCAGUGACGAGGAAGGAGAUGAUGUCACAAAAGCAGACAAGGUCUGUACCAAUGGCGGGUUGAGCAAGCCAUUGGCCAAGUCGUCUGAAGUGUCAACUUCAUCCUCCGCUUUGUCUUCCAAGAAGAGUGCACCAGCAGCCGAGAACACUGCCAAAGCCCCUGCUCCAAAGUCGCAGACGAGGAAAGCAAAGACGACGGCGAAAAGCAAAUCAACAGCAACAACGAAGGGUUCCAAGGGUGGGAAGAAGAGUAGUCAAGGAGGGGCUUCUGGCAAGUCGAAGUCGAAGAAAGAGGACAAUCAGGCUACCCUGUCUCGUUGGUUUCAGCCAGUGAAGAAGUCUAGUUGA